AUGAGCUGUCGAUCUGAUUCCGAAUCAGAGACCUCGUCUCGAGAUUCCAGGAACUACCACAGGUGUGGGUGUGGAAACUCUCGAAAUUCUGAUCUGGAAAGGGCCAGUGGCAGCACGCUGUGCUUUCCAGAUAGUGAUUCUGAUUCCCUGGAUGGCGACUCUGAUGGGAAUGACCGUUCUCGACAGAAGGUGCAGGACUUGAGAAGCCUCAAAAAGAAGUAUAAACAAGAAGAGGCAGAGGAGCGCGAGCACUUGGAGCGCAUCGAAGAGAAGUAUCAGAUGCGAAAGGGCCGUCUGGAGAAAGACAUCCAAGAGCUGCAGGAGAAGCUUGAGGACGAGCUGCGAAAGCUGGAUCGACUCGAGCUUGGUCAAGAACAAGCUCGGUCAUUUCACGGGCCUAGGUGCCUCCGAUAUGUGGAGGGAAACGUCUUCACAGUGGUCUCCACCGCAGUCGUUGUCCUCAAUGUCGCAGUUUUGGUCAAGGAGAUGACGGAUGAACGGUACAAGGACCUUUUCUUCUGGGUUGACCAGGCUUUCCUGAUCUUCUACAUCGUGGAGUUGGUGCUGAGGGGUCUUCUCUUGCAGAAAGAUCUGCUUCUAGGACCAUGCCGGGAGGUCUGGUGGAACUGGUUGGACCUGUUCAUCGUGCUGGCUGGUAUUUAUGACCAGUGGAUCCUGGCCGCUAUGUAUCAGACCAGCUCCUUCUUUAUAAGCGCAGUUCGAAUCUUGCGGCUACUACGCUUGAUCCGACUCGUGAAAGUUGUGCGCGCAUUUCUGAAAUCGGAUCUGGAAUGGGUAGAAGAAGAUGGUUUUCAAGGCUUCAUAUUAGGGGCCAUCUUGGUGAACAGCUUGCUGCUCGGAGUCCAAACUGACUGGCCCGACUUUUUUCUUUGGAACUGUCUCGAAGAAGCGCUGCUUGUUGUCUUCCUUUUCGAGCUGCUCGUCCGUGUGAAGUUGCACAAGUGGCGAUUCUGCACGGAUUGCAGCGAAAUACCGUGGAACCUUCUGGACACAAUCAUUGUCGUCGCUGCUGUGGUAGACCAGUGGAUGCUCCCCAUCUUCAGCUUCGCAUCUGCUGUGACAGGCGACGAGCCUCAAGUUGACAGUCAGGUUGACGGGUCGCAAGAUAUGGGAAACAUCAUUCUGCUCCUUCGUAUGGCCAGACUUUUCCGUAUCCUUCGACUGGCGCGCUUGAUCCACAGCCUGCCCCCUUUGUACAAUCUGGUGCUUGGCGUUGCAUAUGCAAUGCAAGGCAUGUUUUGGGUGCUGGUGCUCACAGUCCUCCUCCUCUAUGUCUGCGCAAUACUGGCUGUCUUGCUGAUCGAGAAGGGGCUGAUGUUCCCAGACACUGGGCCACCUGCAAACUUGAAGGGGACAUUUUCAGGAAUCUACGAAUCCAUGUUCAUCCUCUUCCUAGUCAUGAAUGGGAAUUUCGAUUCUGUCCAAGAGAUAUUGGAUACGAUCCCAGCGACGCAGCUUGCAUGCGCACUCUUCAUGAUUCUCUCAAACUGGGCCAUUUUGGCCAUCUUCACAGCGGUGGUGAGCGAGAACAUGAUCACCACCGUGGAAGAUAGACGAAGAGAACAAGAGGAGGCAGAAAACAAGGACAAGACCGAGAGAUCUGUUGUGAAGUUAUCCGAGCUGUUCAACGACAUGGACAAGCGGGAGCAGGGCAAGAUCUAUGCAUCGGAGUUCGACAGGAUUCUGAGCGACGAAGACCAGGAGGCCGAACUUUGCGAUGCAGCUGGGAUCUCAAGCAACGAUCUCAAUGAUUUGAAGAAGCUGCUAAGCCAUUCUCCAGCAUAUGGCGGAGAACCUUACAUUGUAGAGAACGACUUCCUCGAAGGACUGAAGAAGCAGAAUGAUGCUGCAAACGAACGCUCCAUGAUGCGACUCGAGAAGAAGAUCAUGGAGCUGGAAGACGAUCUGCGGCAUUGGAUGCAGCAACAACCCACGCGGCCUGGACAUCCAGGAUUGAUGCGAAUACGAACAUGA